AUGAAUGCUGAAAUUUUGAUAAAAUCGCCCUUGAAAAGUGAACUUGAUGAUCAACUAUUACUAACUCCAGUCAAACUUGAAAGUAGGGAUCCAGUUGGCUGUCCUGAAAAUGCUAAUGAUCACUCCUCUUCGGAUCCAUUUGUAGAAAUCAAGACUUUGCCAGAGGAGUACUGCAAGUCUGAUGAAGAUGAAAUGAAAUAUACAUGUCAAGUUGAUUCAGCAGAGAGUAAGGAAUAUUCACCAAUUUCCAGAAAACAAGUCAAUAAAGAAGGAUGGGGAGUGAAGCCUAUUAGGUGUGAGAGUGAUCUCACAAAGCAUAAGCGGAUUCAUACAGGAGAAAAGCCAUUUACCUGUGAUGAGUGUUUGAAAAGAUUUACUCGUAAAAGUGGGCUCACAAAUCACAUGAGGCUUCAUACUGGAGAGAGACCGUUUACUUGCAGUGAUGUGUGGGAAAGCAUUUGGUCUGAAAGCAUGCCUGAAAACUCACAUGAUCACUCACACUGGAGAUUACCCCUUCAGCUGCUGUGA